AUGGGAAAACCGAUUAAAGGCCUGCAAUUGGGGGCACAUUGGGUUAAGGAUGAUAGAGCUGUAGACCUGAUCAUCCAGAUUGGCACAGUCGCCGGUAUAGUGGAACCCCAGAAGCCUGAGGAAUGCUUACUGAUUGAAUCUGACGACGACGAGUUCAUCGCAGGCCAGGAUUUACUGAAGGUUUUGGGAAUCGACGUCGAUAGACUACUUGAUCAAUUUGCUUAG